AUGCGAAGACUGCCUCUUGGUACACCCAUGGCGACACAGGCUGCUUGGUUCUCUACCUCCGGACGACGACUCGGUGUUUCCGCAAUGAAGCCAAGAUGGACAGAAGAAAGGCGUCGUCAAGAAAGAGAAAACAAGGAUUAUUGGGCAGAAGAACGUCACAGACAGCGCGAGGAGAAGUUGGAGAAGAUCAAACGGAGGCUUCGUGGCGAAGACUUGAAGGCCUCCCAGGCAGACGCUUCGAAACUCCCGUCAGCGCGACAAACCAAGCCGCCCCCACACCCGGUUAACUUCAAGAAGCUAUCGGAGGAACAUCGCUUCAAAAGAAUAUUCCUCGACCUGGACAUUGGGCUGGCCGCCUUGGACUACCGAACCGUUCAUCUCCCCGGCGAAUUGGACAAAUUGUUCGAGCAGUUGAAGAUACAAAUCUCUCCGCGGCAUGUCAUGAGAAAUUGGGACAGGGAGUAUUUUGUUGAGACGAUGAACGAGCAUCCCUACACGGUUCUUUACAGGCACAAGUACGAGCAGAUGAAGGAGACCACGCCGCUCUGGGUUUGGCUGUACGGUGUCACCCAGAACGGCGGCCCGGUCGUUGUGAAUACCGCCAGGAGGACCAUGAGGCGCGAGCUUCACGCAGCCCUGGAAGCCAGAGGCUACGAUCCCGAGGGGCGUCUUCUCAGGCCCAAGAGGAACCGCACGGGGAAGGGCACUUCCUUAGAGGGCAACUUGAUGGGCACGAUAGCCCUCACCGCCAGGCUCCCCGCGGACGUGGUGAAGAGGCUACCCCGGACCGAUCUACGGGCGGCGAUGGACGUGGCCGUGGACCGUCUUAUUGAACUCAAGGACGCGGAGCAGAACCCGGAGCGAUGGCAACGUGGGUACGACGAGAAACUGGAGGAGAGAGCACGCAAUCAGAUUGAGCGGGAAGACGAAGAGAAGCGUCAGGAGUUCCAGAAGGAGGAGGUGCGGCGGGAGGGAAGACAGAAACUGGAGGAAGAACGAUCGCGAAUCAAUGAGGAGGAGAAGCUCAGGUGGAAGGAGCGGAGGCUCAAGGCAACCGAGGAGAAGCGCCGGAUCGAAGCAGAAAGGCCCCUGAAUUCGGGCCAGCUCUGGGUAUGA